AUGGUCGCUGCAUUGUUGUUGACACUGGUUUCAGUGUGCCUGGCCUCCAAAUUACCUGUGGUUGAUUUGGGAUAUGAGCGACACCAAGCAAUUUCAUUCAAUAGCACCCAUGGAAUCUAUAAUUUCACCAAUAUCCGUUAUGCGGCACCUCCAGUUGGCGAGCUGAGAUUCCAGGCACCCGAACUUCCCAAACAAAAUAGAGAGCACGUCCAGAAUGGCUCUGUAGGCAGGAUAUGCCCACAGGCAGCCCCAUUGUGGUCCACAAAAGUCCAACCAGCCUUCAUCUUGAGCUACUUCUAUGGCCAAUCCUUCUCUGGGUCCACCAACAUCUCUUCCUAUAAGUACAAGCCGGCGGAGCUGGACCCACGCACCACUGAGGACUGUCUCUUCCUUGACGUCGUUGUCCCUAAAAAGGUAUUCGAUCGCGCGAGGGGUGAUGCCCCAAAAUCCCGAAAGAACUUGGCGCCGGUGCUGGUGUGGAUCUAUGGCGGAGGGUAUGUGGGGGGAGAGAAGGGCAACUUGGAUCCAACUGGGUUGAUCGAGCGGAGUAUGCGAGGUAGUGAUGAAGGGAUUGUCUACGUUGCCAUGAACUAUCGAUUGGGUGCAUUUGGCUGGCUUGGUGGUGACAGUAUCAAUGCCAAUGGCACCGCAAACGCAGCGCUUCACGAUCAACGGCUUGCUCUUGACUGGGUAUACAAGAAUAUUCACCUGUUCGGUGGAGAUGCGACCCGAGUCACAGUUAUGGGAGAAUCCGCUGGAGGUGGUUCAAUCCUUCAUCAAAUCACCGCCUACGGGGGCAAACGGGGUGCUGUACCCUUCCAACAAGCGAUCUUACAGAGUCCAGGUUGGGUCCCAAUGAUUGGCGAAGAGCAACAAGAAGAUACACUGCAGCAGUUCUUGGAGAUUCUGGACGUCGACACGAUUGAAGAAGCCCGGAAAUUACCAUCGGAAAAAUUGAUCGAAGCCAAUGCGUACCAAGUUGCGACAAAGUCCCAAUGGGGACAGUUCACCUACGGUCCCGCUGUUGACGGCAGUUUCGUCCCUGCUCUUCCGGGCCAGCUUUUGUUCGGAGGCGGUUUCGAUCACAACUUGAACAUCAUGGUCGGCUAUAACGCGAAUGAAGGAUUGGUCUUUACUUCACCUGACAGCGUCAAUAGCACCGGCUUAGGACUUCAGAUGAAGACCUUGUCACCGAAUACUCCAGAAAAGGUAUCCGACUAUAUCUUGGAUGUCCUCUACCCACCAGUCUAUGACGGCUCCCAUGGAUACAAAGACUCGAUCGAGCGCACGUCGCUCUCUAUCGCGGAUCUCAUAUUCCGGUGCAAUACAGACUAUCUCAGCCGUGCGUUCUACGGUGAUAUCUAUGCGUAUGAGUUCAGCAUUCCACCUGCGCUACAUGGACAGGAUGUUGCCUACACCUUUUUCAAUAAGGGGGCAGAAGGAAUUGCCAAUGUGACUGUGGCAUUGGCUAUGCAGGACUAUUUCACUAGCUUUAUCCAGCAUGGCGCACCGAAAUCUCAGCUGGGACCUGUCUUCAAAAUGCGUGGCAAGGAUGCACAGCUCGUUAAGAUUGGCAAUCAUACCAUCCAGCCGGUGCAGGAUCCAACCGAUAGCGAACGCUGUCGGUUCUGGCAGACUGCGCCCUACUAUAAGCCGACCUGA